UCUUUUGACAGCAGGAUACAUGAUAGCAAGUUCAGUUGGUAAAAAAGAAACGACAAUACGCAAAACUGCGAGAGCUGUCACUAGCUUGUUGCGUUUUUAAUUUGUGUUGUACGAGUUUAUUCUGUGGUUGUGAUGUUGCUUUGUAUUAAGGUUGUUAAUUAACCUCAAAUUCCCUAUUCUACAUUUUGUAUCUUAUAGUUUUAUUACGUUAAAAAGUCAAAAUCUUUCCCUACGUUAUUGAUUUAGCAAGUUGCUCUACGAAUACUACUUUAUAAUUAUUAUUGUUUAUUAUGCUGAUGGAUAAAUGGAUUAAUGCGAUAAGAUAAAAUUCAACGCAAUUUGUAAUUACGAAAACAACGAUAAUGGCUGAGUUUAUGUAUAAGGCACUUGAACUGGCAUCUGAAGCUUUAGCUGCACAAGAAGUGCCUGUUGGAUGCGUAUUCGUUGUUAAUGGCACCAUCGUUGCUUUUUCAAGGAACAGUGUAAACUUCACACACAAUCCAACGAGACACGCAGAAAUGAACUGCAUUGACUUCAUCCUAGAUUACUGUAAAACUAAAAACAUUGAUUACCACAGUUACUUCCAGGAAACCAGUGUAUAUGUCACUGUUGAACCAUGCAUAAUGUGUGCAGCAGCAUUGCACAAUCUCUCUGUUAAAGAAGUAGUUUAUGGCUGUGGGAAUGACAGGUUUGGAGGUAACACUGUCUUAAAUGUUAGUAAUUUCUAUGAAUACAAAUACAAGCUCACAGGAAACAUACUAGCUGACGAAGCCAUGAAUUUACUUACACAAUUUUAUAAAGGUGAAAACCCAAAUGCACCGAAAUCCAAAGUCAAAAAGAAGGAAUGAAUAGAAAAACUUUGUUACUAUGUGAUCCAUGUAAUUAUAGGUUCAUAAUGAGCACUAAAAAUAUAAUAAAAUGACUCUGGGCUAAAACACACUGGAGUAUGUACUUAUUCAAUAAAUUUUAUUUAUUGAUGACAUUUCAUUAAAAAUAUUAACUCAUGGUGUUUCAACCCUUGUAAGUUUAUCAACUAACUUAAAUAGAAAUUUCCUG